AGUGACAACUAAGGCAUGGUUGAUAAGAGUGACAAUGGUGACAAUGGUAAAAAAAGAGACAACAGUGUCAACAGCGACAACAUUGACAACGGUGACAACCGUAACAACAGUGACGAUGGUGACAACGGUGACAACAUUGACAACAGUAAAAACAAUGACAACAGUGCCAACAGUGUCAAUUGUGCCAACGGUAACAAGAGUGACAACGGUAAAGACACUGACAACGGUUACAAGAGUAACAAUGGUGACAACAGUGACACCGGUGACAAUGGCGGCAACAGUGACAACAGUGACAAUGGUGAAAUUGGUGAAAACGGUGACAAUGGUGGCAACAGUGAUAACGGUGACAACGAAGGCAACGUUGACAACAGUGAAAAAAGAGACAACAGUGUCAACGGUAACAACAUUGACAACGGUAACAACAAAAACAACGGUGACAACGGGGACCACAUCGACAAAAGUAAAAACAGUGACAACAGUGACAAAAGUGACAACGGUGCUAACGGUAACAACAGUGACAACAGUAACGACAUUAACAAUAGUGACAAGAGUAACAAUGUUGACCACGGUGAGGACACUGACAACGGUGACAACAGCGUCAACGGUCCAACAGUGACAAUGGUGACAACGGUGACAACGGUGUCAACAGUGAGAAGAGUGACAACUGUGACAACAGUGAAAGGGGUGAGAACGGUAUCAACAGCGAUAACCGUGACAACAGUGAGAAUAGUGACAACAAUGACAACGGUGACAACCCUGACAAUGGUGACAACGGUGACAACGGCAAAACAGUACCAAUGGUGGCAACACAGACAACGGUGAUAGUGGUGACAACAGUAACGACAGAAACAACAGUGACAACAGUGACAACGGUGAAAACAGUUACAACAGUGAAACCAGUGACAACACCGACAACGGUGACAACGGUGACAACGGUAAAAACAGUGACAACGAUGACAACAGUGAAAACAGUGACCACGGUAACAAGAGUGACAAUGGUGACGACAGUGACAACAGUGAAACUGGGGACAACACUGACAACGGUGACAACGGUGACAACAGUGAAAACAGUGACAAUGGUUACAAGACUGACAUCAGCGACAACACCGAAAACACUGAUAACGGUGACAACAGUAACAAUAGUGUAAAGAGUGAUAACAGUGAAACUGGUGACAACACUGACAACGGUGACAACGGUAACAACAAGGACAACAGUGACAAAAGUGAAAACAGUGACAAUAGUUUGAACACUGACAUCACCGACAACACUGACAAUGGUGACAACAGUAACAACAGUGACAAGCGUGACAACAGUGACAACGGUGACAACAAUGACGACAGUGACAACACCAACAACGGUGACAAUGGUGAAAACAGUGAAAAAAGUUGCCAACAGUGACCACUCCGACAACACUGAAAACACUGAAACCGCUGACAAUAGUGACAACUAUGGCAACAGUGACAACUGUGAGAACGGUGACAAUGGUGACAACAAUGACAACAGUGACAACGGUGACAACAGUGACAACGGUGACAACAUUGACAACAGUGACACCAGUGACAAUGGUAAUAACACUGACAAAUGUGACAGCAGCGACAACGGUGCUACAAUGAGAACAGCCACAACGAUCCAACAGUGACAACGGUGACACUGGUGAAAAGAGUGAAAACGGUGACAACGAUGCAACAAUGACAACGGUGACAACGGUGACAACGGUGACAACAGUGACAUCAGUGACAACGGAGACAACCGUGACAACACUGACAAUGGUGACAACGGUGACAACAGCAAAACAGUGCCAAUAGUGGCAACACAGACAACAGUGAUAGUGGUGACAACAGUAACAACAGUGACAACGGUAAAAACAGUGACAACAGUGACAACGGUGACAAAAGUGAGAAUGGUGACGACAGUGACAACAGUGAAACUGCUGACAACGGUGACAACGGUGACAACGGUGACAACUGUAACAACAGGGACAACAGUGACAACAGUGAAAACAGUGACAAUGGUUACAACACUGACAUCACCGACAACACCGACAACACCGACAACACUGAUAAUGGUGACAACAGUAACAACAGUAGACACGAGUGACAACAGUGACAACGGCGAUUACAGUGACGACAGUGACCACACCAAAAACGGUGACAACAGUGACCACCCCGACAACACUGAAAACAAUGACAACGCUGACAAUAGUGACAACUGUGACAACAGUGACAACUGUGACAACAGUGACAACAGUGACAAUGGUGACAACAAUGACAACAGUUAGAACGGUGACAACAGUGACAACGGUGAAAACAGUGACACCAGUGACAGUGGUGAUAACACUGACAGCACUGACAGCACUGACAACAGCGACAAUAGUGCUACAAUGAAAACACGACAACAGUCCAACAGUGACAACGGUGAAACCGGUGAAAAGAGUGAACACGGUGACAACGAUGCAACACUGACAACGGUGACAAUGGUGACAACGGUGACAACAGUGACAACAGUGAUAAUGGUGACAACGGUGACAACGGUGACAACAGUGACAGCGGUGACCACGGUGACAACAGUGACAUUUGUGACAAUGGUGGCAACAGUGACAACGGUGACAACGGUGACAACAGUCACAACAGUCACAACAGUAAAAACAGUGACAACAGUGACAAUGGUGAAGAUAGUAACAACAGUGACAAUGGUGACAGCAGUGAAACUGGUGACAACACCGACACAAUGACACGGUGACAACUGUGAAAACAGUGACAAUGGUGACAACAGUGACAACAGUGACAACAGUGACAAAAGUGACAAUGGUGACGACAGUGACAACAGAAACAAUGGUGACAACAGUGAAACUUGUAACAACACUGACAACGGUGAUAACAGUGACAACUGUGAAAACAGUGAUAACGAUGACAACAGUAAGAACAGUAACAACGGUGACAACACUGACAAUGGUGAUGACAGUGAGAACAGUGAAAUUGGUGACAACACUGACAACGGUGACAACGGUGACAACCGUAACAACAGGGACAACAGUGACAACAGUGACAACAGUGACAAUGGUUACAACAUUGACAUCACCAACAACACUGACAACACUGAUAAAGGUGACAACAAUAACAACAGUGACAAGAGUGAAAACAUGAAAACUGCUGACAACACUGUCAACGGUAAGAACAGUGACAAUAUUAACAAAAGGGACAACAGUGACAACACUAAAAAGAGUGACAAUUGUUACAACACUGACAUCACCGAUAACACAAACAACACUGACAACGGUGACAACAGUAACAACAGUGACAACCGUGACAAGAGUGACAACAGUGACAACAGUGACAAAAGUGACAACACUGACAACGGUAAAAAGGGUGAAAACAGUGAAAAAUAGUGACAACAGUGACAACCUACACAACACUGAAAACACUGGCAACGCUGACAAUAGUGAAGACUGUGAAAACAGUGACAACAGUGAGAAUGGUGAAAACAAUGACAACAGUGACAACGGUGACAACAGUGGCAACGCUGACAACAGUGACACCAGUGACAAUGCUGUCAACAGUGACAACAGUGACAGCAGUGACAAUGGUACUACAAUGACAACUGCGACAACGCUCCAACAGUGACAACAGUGACAUCUGUGACAACGGAGACAACGGUGAAAACACUGACAAUGGUGACAACGGUGACAACCGCAAAACAGUGCCAACAGUGGCAACACAGACAACAGUGAUAGUGGUGAAAACAGUAACAUAAGUGAAAACAGUGACAACAGUGACAACGGUGAAAACAGUGACAACAGUGACAACACCCUCAACGGUGACAACGGUGACAAUGGUGAAAACAGUGACAACAGUGACAACAGUGACAACGGUGAAAACAGUGAAACUGCUGAACACACUGGCAACGGUGACAACUGUAACAACAGGGACAACAGUGACAACAGUGAAAACAGUGACAAUGGUUACAACACUGACAUCACCGACAACACCGACAACACUGAUAAUGGUGACAACAGUAACAACAGUAGACAAGAGUGACAACAGUGACAACGGCGACAACAGUGACGACAGUGAAAACACCAACAACGGUGACAACAGUGAAAAAAGUGAAAAACGGUGACAACAGUCGCCACCCCAACAAAACUGAAAACACUGACAACGCUGACAAUAGUGACAACUGUGACAACAGUGACAACUGUGACAACAGUGACAACAGUGACAAUGGUGACAACAAUGACAACAGUUACAACGGUGAAAACAGUGACACCAGUGACAAUGGUGAUAACACUGACAACAGUGACAGCAGUGACAACAGCGACAAUGGUGCUACAAUGAAAACAAGACAACUGUCCAACAGUGACAACGGUGAAACUGGUGAAAAGAGUGAAAAGGAUGACAACGAUGCAACAAUGACAACGGUGAAAUCGGUGACAACGGUGACAACAGUCACAACAGUCACAACAGUCAAAAAAGUGACAACGGUGACAACGGUGACGAUGGUGACAGCAGUGAAACUGGUGACAACACCGACACAAUGACACGGUGACAACAGUGAAAACAUUGACAAUGGUGACAACAGUGACAACAGUGACAACGGUGAAAAAAGAGACAAUGGUGACGACAGUGACAACAGUGACAAUGGUGACAACAGUGAAGCUGGUGACAACACUGACAACGGUGAUAACGGUGACAACAGUGACAACAGACACAACAGUAAAAACAGUGAUAAUGGUGACAAAAGUGACAACGGCGACAACAGAGACAACAGUGACAUUAGUGACAACGGUGACAACAGUGGUAACAGUGAAAACGGUGCCAACUGUGCUAACAGUGACAUCAGUGACAAAGGAGACGACGGUGACAACAGUGACAAUGGUGACAACCGUGACAAUAGUGACAACUGUGACAACAGUGAGAACGGUGACAAUAGUUACAACAGUGACAACAGUAACAACAGUGAAAACGGUGACGACAGUGACAACUGUGACAACAGUGACAACAGUGACAACAGUGACAAUAGUGACAACACUGAGAACAGUGACAAAAGUGACAACAGUGUCAACAGUGACAACGGCGACAACAGUGACGACAGUGACAACACCAACAACGGUGACAACGGUAAAAACAGUGAAAAACGGUGACAACAGUGACCACCCCGACAAUACUGAAAACACUGACAACGCUGACAACAGUGACAACUGUGACAACAGUGACAACUGUAAAAAAAGUGACAACAGUGAAAAUGGUGACAACAAUGACAACAGUGACAACGGUGACAACAGUGAAAACAGUGACAACAGUGACAUCAGUGACACCAGUGACAAUGGUGAUAACAAUGGAACAGUGACAACAGCGACAAUGGUGCUACAAUGACAACACAACAACGGUUUAACAGUGACAAUGGUGACACUGGUGAAAAGAGUGAAACGGUGACAACGAUGCAACAAUGACAACGGUGACAACGGUUACAACGGUAACAACAGGGACAACAGUGAUAACGGUGACAACAGUGACAACAGUGACAACAUUGACAUCAGUAAACGCGGUGACAACAGUGAAAACGGUGAACACAGUGACAACAGUGACAAUAGUGACAACACUGACAACAGUGACAAAAGUGACAACAGUGUCAACAGUGACAACGGCGACAACAGUGACGACAGUGACAACACCAACAACGGUGACAACGGUAAAAACAGUGAAAAACGGUGACAACAGUGACCACCUUGACAACACUGAAAACACUGACAACGCUGACAACAGUGACAACUGUCACAACAGUGACAUCAGUGACACCAGUGACAAUGGUGAUAACAAUGAAACAGUGACAACAGCGACAAUGGUGCUACAAUGACAACACAACAACGGUCCAACAGUGACAACGGUGACACUGCUGAAAAGAGUGAAACGGUGACAACGAUGCAACAAUGACAACGGUGACAACGGUUACAAUGGUAACAACAGGGACAACAGUGAGAACGAUGACAACAUUGACAUCAGUGAAAACGGUGACAACAGUGAAAACAGCGAAAACCGUGACAACAGUGACAACGGUGACAACAUUGACAUCAGUGAAAACGGUGACAACAGUGAAAAUGGUGACAACCGUGACAACAGUGAGAACGGUGACAACAGUGACAAUAUUGACAUCAGGGACAACUGUGACAACAGUGACAACGGUGACAACGGUGACAACAGUGACAACGGAGACAAAAGUGACAACUGUGACACCGGUGAAAAUGGUGUCAACAGUAAAAACAGUAACAACUUUGACCACUGUGACAACGGUGACAACAGUGAAAACGUAACAACCGUGAGACCAGUGACAAUGGUGACAGUAGUGUCAACGGUGACAACGAUGUCAACGGUGAAAACAGUAACACCGGUGACACCGGUGGGACCAGUGACAACAGUGACAACAGGAACAAGUGACAACAUUGACAACAUUGAAAACAGCGAGAUCAGUGACAAUGGUGACCACGGUGAAAACUGUGACAACCGUGACCACGGCUACCACGGUGACAACAGUGACAAAGGUGACAAUGGUGACAACAAUGACAACGGUGACAACGGUGACAACGGUGACAUCAGUGACAACAGUGACAGUGGUGACAACGGUGACAGCGGUGACAACAGUGACAUUUGUGACAAUGCUGACAACAGUGACAACAGUGACAACGGUUAAAACGGUGAAAACGGUGACAACGGUGACAACAGUGACAACAGUAACAACAGUGAAAACGGUGACGACAGUGACAACUGUGACAACAGUGACAAUAGUGCAACACUGACAACAGUGACAAAAGUCACAACAGUGUCAACAGUGACAACGGCGACAACAGUGACGACAGUGACAACACCAACAACGGUGACAACGGUAAAAACAGUGAAAAAUGGUGACAACAGUGACCACCCCGACAACACUGAAAACACUGAGAACGCUGACAACAGUGACAACUGUAAAAAAACUGACAACAGUGAAAAUGGUGACAACAAUGACAACAGUGACAACGGUGACAACAGUGACAACAGUGACAACAGUGACAUUAGUGACACCAGUGACAAUGGUGAUAACAAUGAAACAGUGACAACAGCGACAAUGGUGCUACAAUGACAACACAACAACGGUCAUACAGUGACAAAGGUGACACUGGUGAAAAGAGUGAAACGGUGACAACGAUGCAACAAUGACAACGGUGACAACGGUUACAACGGUAACCACAGGGACAACAGUGAUAACGGUGACAACAGUGACAACGGUGACAACAUUGACAUCAGUGAAAACGGAGACAACAGUGAAAACGGUGACAAUAGUGACAACAGUGACAAUAGGGACAACACUGACAACAGUGACAAAAGUGACAACAGUGUCACAGUGACAACGGCGACAACAGUGACGACAGUGACAACACCAACAACGGUGACAACGGUAAAAACAGUGAAAAACGGUGACAACAGUGACCACCCCAAAAACACUGAAAACACUGACAACGCUGACAACAGUGACAACUGUGACAACAGUGACACCAGUGACAAUGGUGAUAACAAUGAAACUGUAACAACAGCGACAAUGGUGCUACAAUGACAACACAACAACGGUCCAACAGUGACAACGGUGACACUGGUGAAAAGAGUGAAACGGUAACAACGAUGCAACAAUGACAACGGUGACAACGGUUACAACGGUAACAACAGGGACAACAGUGAUAAUGGUGACAACAUUGACAUCAGUGAAAACGGUGACAACAGUGAAAACAGUGACAACCGUGACAACAGUGACAACGGUGACAACAUUGACAUCAGUGAAAACGGUGACAACAGUGAAAACGGUGACAACCGUGAACACAGUGAGAACGGUGACAACAGUGACAAUAUUGACAUCAGUGACAACUGUGACAACAGUGACAAUGGUGACAACAGUGACAACAGAGACAACAGUGACAACUGUGACACCGUUGAAAAUGGUGUCAACAGUAAAAACAGUGACAACUGUGACAACUGUGACAACGGUGUCAACAGUGAAAACGGUAACAACUGUGAGACCAGUGACAACGGUGACAGUAGUGUCAACGGUGACAACGAUGUCAAGGGUGAAAACAGUAACACCGGUGACACCGGUGGGAACAGUGACAACAGUGACAACAGGAACAAGUGACAACAUUGACAAAAUUGACAACAGUGAGAUCAGUGACAAUGGUGACCACGGUGAAAACUGUAAGAACCGUGACCACGGUGACCACGGUGACAACAGUGACAAAGGUGACAACGGUGACAACAAUGACAACGGUGACAACAGUGACAACGGUGACAACGGUGACAUCAGUGACCACAGUGACAGUGGUGACAACGGUGACAACGGUGACAUUUGUGACAAUGCUGACAACAGUAACAACAGUGACAACGGUGAAAACGGUGACAACGGUGACAACAGGGAGAACAGUCACAACAGUGAAAACAGUGACCACAGUGACAACAGUGAUAAAGGUGACAAUAGUAAAAAUAGUGACAAUGGUGACAAACGUGAAACUGGUGAAAACACCGACACAGUGACAAGGUGACAACGGUGAAAUCAGUGACAACGGUGACAACAGUAAACACAGUGAAAACGGUGACAGCAGUGACAAUGGUGACGACAGUGACAACAGUGACAAUGGUGACAACAGUGAAACUGGUGACAACACUGACAACGGUGAUAACGGGGACAACAGUGACAACGGUGACAACGGUGACAACAGUGACAUUUGUGACAACGGUGACAACAGUGACAACGGUGAAAAUGGUGAUAACGGUGACAACAGUGAGAACAGUCACUUCAGUGAAAACAGUGACAACAGUGACAACUGCGACAAUGGUGACGAUAGUGACAAUAGUGACAAUGGUGACAACAGUAAAACUGGUGAAAACACUGACACAGUGACACGGUGACAGUGGUGAAAUCAGUGACAACGGUGACAACAGUGAGAACAUUGACAACAGUGACAGCAGUGACAAUGGUGACGACAGUGACAACAGUGACAAGGGUGACAACAGUGAAACUGGUGACAACACUGACAACGGUGAUAACGGUGACAACAGUGACAACAGUAACUACAGUAACAACGGUGACAACAGUGACAAUGGUGACGACAGUGACAACAGUGACAACGGUGACAACAGUGAAACUGGUGACAACACUGACAAUGGUGAUAACGGUGACAACAGUGACAACAGUAACUACAGUAACAAUGGUGACAACAGUGACAAUGGUGACGACAGUGACAACAGUGACAACGGUGACAACAGUGAAAUUGGUGACAACACUGACAACGGUGACAACGAUGACAACGGUGACAACUGUAACAACAGGGACAGCAGUGACAACAGUGAAAACAGUUACAAUGGUUACAACACUGACAUCACCGACAACACCGAGAACACUGAUAACGGUGACAACAGUAACAAGAGUGACAACAUGAAAACUUGUGAAGACACUGUCAACGGUGACAACGGUGACCACAUGAACAACAGGGACAACAGUGACAAGAGUAAAAACAGUGACAAUGGUUACAACACUGACAUCACCGAUAACACAAACACUACUGACAACGGUGACAACAGUAACAACACUGACAACAGUGACAAGGGGGAAAAGAGUCAAAAAUGGUGACAACAGUGACAACCCAGACAACACUAAAAACACUGCCAACGCUGACAAUAGUGAAGACUGUGACAACAGUGACAACAGUGACAAUGGUGAAAACAAUGACAACAGUGACAACAGUGGCAACGCUGACAACAGUGACACCAGUGACAAUGGUGACAACCGUGACAACAGUGACAACGGUGACACUGGUGUUAACAGUGACAACGGUGUCAAAGGUGACAACCGUGACAACAGUGGCAAUGGUAACACUGGUGUCAACGGUGACGACGGUGUUAACGGUGACAACAGUUAAAACGGUGACAACGGUGAAAUUGGUAAAAAUGGAGACUACAGUGACAAUGGCGAAAACAGUAACAACAG